AUGGGAGCUAAGAUAUGUUUGAGGCAGCAAACGUCGGAAGAGGUUGAUGCAGCAGAAACUCUUUUCGAAACACGCCGAAAUGUUGGGGAAAGGCGGGAUUCGUUUGUAACAGCGGAGAAGCAGAGACAGAAGCAGCAGCAGCAGCAGCAGAUGCAAGAUAAUGUUGAUACUCCAAGACUCCAAGCAACUAUUGAGUAA